CCGAUAAUUUCCGGGCAUCACCUGCUUCAGGGUCGAAACAGCCAAAUAUUGUAGACGUCUCACUCUUUCAAACUACAUCCCCCUUUCAACCGAUACCGGCUUCUUAGCGCCUUCCUUAUCAACAUGAAGCUCUCCAAUCGCGGUCAAGCAACAGCCGACAACAAAGGCGGAUCGCUCUUGUGGGACGUCACAGCAAACCUUUGGGACCCUACGACCAACCUUUCAGGCUUCGUGAGCUUGGGCAUGGCAGAGAAUGUCCUCAUGCAAGAUGAGCUAUUGAAACACAUCACUGAUAACGUCUCCCUUCAACCUCGAGCUUUGACUUAUGGCGAUGGUACAACUGGAUCAAAACGGUUAAAGCUUGCACUCGCACACUUUUUCAACAAAUAUCUACACCCUCAUAAAAACAUCGAAUGGGACCAAAUCACCAUUACCAACGGCUGUAGCGCAGCUAUCGAACAUAUCGCCUGGGCAGUUGGAGAUCAAGGGGAUGGUUUCCUUAUCACUAGACCUUUCUUUCGCGCAUUCAUACCAACCUUUGGCCUUCGCGUUGAUACGGAGGUGGUACAGGUGCCAUGCCAUGGCGUUGAUCCUUUCUGCGUGAAGGUCGUUGACAAGUACGAUGCCAAGUUUCAAGAAGCCAAAGCCCAAGGAAAGAAGAUUGCUGGCAUUCUUCUCUGCAACCCGCACAAUCCCCUAGGGCGCUGUUAUUCCAGAGAUGCCUUGAUUGGACUCAUGCAAUUUUGUCAGAAACAUCAAAUUCACCUGAUUAGCGAUGAAGUUUACGCCUUAUCAACAUGGACAGACGAGGAUGCACAAGCAACGCCUUUUACCUCUUGUCUAUCUAUAGACCCCACAGGUAUCAUUGACCCGUCUCUGAUGCACGUGGUAUGGGGUGUCUCGAAAGAUUUUGGGUCCAACGGCAUUCGGAUCGGAUGCGUUGUCUCUCAGAGCAACCCUUCAUUGCACAAAGCACUUGUUCCAGGUGCCUUAUACAGUAUGAGUUCUUCUCUCGCUGAUCACGCCUUUGCGAAUGUACUCGAAGACGAGGCUUGGGUUGAUGACUAUCUGGACAAGAACAGGAUAAAACUCACAGAGCAUUACAGGCUAAUAACAUCGUGGGCAACGGAGUAUGGUAUCCGUUAUGCGAGGGGAACAAAUGCAGGCUUCUUCUUGUGGGCUAAUCUUGGAGAGGCUUACUGUCAGAACCAUCCUGAACAGGAGCAUGCACACGCUGAGGAUCGAGUGAUGCAGCUACUGCUCGAGCGAAAGGUCUUUGUAGCUCCUGGAUCAAGCUUUGGAGCUGAGGAUAGUGGCUGGUUUAGACUUGUGUUUUCAGUUGAUAAGGUGACGCUAAUGGAAGGGCUAAGUAGGAUCAUUGAUGUCUUGAAGUAGGAUGUACAGUACAUCAGAAAAUGAAUAAAAAUCAAGUGGGACUAACGUGAGCCAUUUUACAAGAUUUCGUAAUACUGAUUCUACUUUGGAAAAAAUAUGUUAGUGAUGACAGUAUUCAAAUGGCUCUUAAUAACAGCUUUACUGCCAGUCCAGGACUCUGACCAGCCGGAUUACCUUGCUUUUGAACAUAAACCAAUGGAGGGUGCAACUUAGAGUUUGAACGUCCACAUUAACUGAGGGCUAGUCUAACUUGAAGAUGUGAAAGACGGUACUAAAUUUGAACGGCGGGAGCGAGGCGGAAGGGAACAGCAGUAACUGGAGUAGCGGCAGAAACGGGAGGCACGGGAGAAACGGCACAAUGGGAGGGAAACUGAACGGCGGUCUAUAAAGACGCUAGAGAAGGACCGAUAACGUGUGUG